GCGCGGCUUGACCCGUCCAGAUAUCGAGAACAUUGCGAUCGAACGGUUUAGAGAUGCAGUCAGCGUAUUACCAAAACAAGGGUAACCUCCAGAGCUGUGACGGUGCAUGUGAGGCACUUUUCGCUUUCCAUUGCCAAGGCGCUCUCUUUCUAGCUGCUGAAUUUUCCUGUGGGUUCUGCAUUUGAAGAGUCAUCCAGCAGCAGGGGGCAGUAUCCAGGUCCGCUCUCUUUUCCAAAGUGGAAUAAGUCGCCGCAAAAAAGGUUGCAUUUGCCUCUUUCAAGUAUGGCGACCACGGCGGUCCUGUCCUCCAGGGCUGGCUGCCUCAGCUUCUCUUCCACCCAGAGCAGCCUCAGAAGCGCAGAUGUAGGCGCGAUUUUUACAGCUCCUAUCUCAUGCAGCCGCUUUGGUCUCUUCAGGACGCAACCGGCCCAGCCAAAACAGCCUAGGAAAUCUGCACACAGACACAAGGGAUUCGCUCGGGCGGCUCAAGUGGAUAUUGAAAAGAUUGAGAUCAAGAAGGGAGAGGGCAGGGGGUUGGCAAGGGAGGGACCAAUGGCCGGGGGCCGCUGGUUGAGUUCAACCACGCGGCAUGUGCGCAUUUACAUUGGUUACGUUGAUCCCGAGACGCAUGAAAUGGACCAGCAGCAGUCGGACUUGGUUACUAUUGACCUGGAUCCGGACAACGAGUUCCUCUGGCCAGAGGAGCAGCAGCAGAAAGUGUUUGACUUUUUUGACGAACAGGUGGAGAACUAUAAGGGUGCGCCUAUGGAUGAGUACACUUUGAGGUUGAUUGGGUCGGAAAUUGAACACUUCAUCAGAAAGAUGCUGGUGGCUGGGGAAAUCAAGUACAAUCUGGAAUGCCGGGUUUUGAAUUUCAGCAUGGGUAAGCCUCGGAUUGAAGGAGUUGGUGACGAAGAGAGCCAAUGAGGCGACCUCUGUCGUAUGGAAAUGUUGCUUCAGGCAAGUACUUCAAAGCUUUGAGGCAUUUCACUUAGGUCACCCGUGUUGAUAUCAGCACUAAGCACCUGUACACACCAUAUCCAUGCAACCCAACAAUCAUAAGGAGUCAAGAUAGCAUUUGGUACAAGGCAGUUACCCAUGGUAUGAAAGAGGUUGCAGUUUGCUUCUUUUGAAGUCUUGGUUGUUUCAACUUCUGCUGCACAUAAAGUUGCACAUUGAAAGAGUUCUGUUCAAGUGCAAGCCUCAACAGGUCUGUUUGGAUACCGCGUACGUUCCCUGCCAUUUAUGUUCCAAAGUUCCUCCAAGCUGCGGGCAUGUGGUACAGAACCUCGUACGUUUUUGCCGUCCUAGCAGUGCGGAGAUGAGCGUGACUGCACUUAUCAUCAUUAUAUACGAACUAAAAGCUUCAUUAAGCACCGCAUUAAUGAAGCUUUUAGCAGGACUUACUUAACGUCUUUUCAAUUGAACAGAGGGGCUCAACAAAUGAUGUAUCUGAUAUCCCGAUUGCCACUAGGUAGCCAUUCAUGGAAUCUGGCGCACACCUGCAAAGUGUGCAAGAGCACAGGCCUAGACUUACACAGCGGUAACUUGGACCUGUCACGACUAGUAAACCCUCCACCAUCUCGCUGUCUUCCGAUCUUGGCCUGCCGUUUACCAAAGUGUCAAGCCAUCAGCUUCGGCCAAGGAUUCAUCUACAUGGUCAUCUAGAUGUUUGAAUUUGACGUAAUAUGUUACUUUGGUAGUCGAUCAUGGGGUCAGAGGUAGUUGGUACAGCGUAUUUGACAACAGCCAUGGUAGAAGCGUUGUCGAAGUACUUAGACAUGAGAUAGCACCAAGGCACAG